AUGUUGACUCUGACACCUGCCUUAACUGUAUCCUAUGAAGUCAAGCAUGUGUUUCUGUUCAUUUCAGUCUUGGAGUUUGCAGUGGGGCUGCUGGCCAACGUCUUCAUUUUCUUCGUGAUUUUGGGGGAUGUGGUAAGGAGGCAGCCCCUGAACAACUGUGAUCGUGUGCUGCUGUGCCUCAGUCUCACCCGGCUUUUCCUGCAUGGGCUGCUGUUUCUGUGUGCCAUCCAGCUUGCCUGCUUCCAGAAUUUGAAAGAGCCACUAAACCACAGCUACCAAACUCUCCUCAUGCUCUGGAUGAUCGCAAACCAAGCCAGCCUCUGGCUUGCCACCUGCCUCAGUCUCCUCUACUGCUCCAAGAUUGUCCGUUUCUCUCAAACCUUCCUGCUGUGCUUGGCAAGCUGGGUCUCCAGGAAGACCUACCAGAUGCUCCUGAUUGUUAUUCUCUCCUCCUGCUUCUGCACUGUCUUCUGCCUUUGGGACUUUUUUAGAAAAUCUCACUUCACAGUCACAGCUAUGCUAUUCAUGAAUAACAAUACAGAACUCAACUGGCAAAAUACAAAAAGAAAUUUCUUUUAUACCUUCCUCUUCUGCUACCUGGGGUCUAUACCCCCUUUUCUAAUUUUUCUGGUUUCUUCCGGGGUGCUGAUUGUCUCCCUGGGGAGGCACAUGAGGACAAUGAAGGCCCAUCCCAGAAACUCUCACGUCUCCAGUCUAGAUGCACACAUUAAAGCCCUCAAAUCUCUUUUAUCCUUUCUCUGCUUCUUUGUGGUGUCAUUCUGUGCUGCCAUCAUUUCAGUGCCCCUACUGAUGCUGUGGCAUAACAAGAUAGGUGUAAUGGUUUGUGUUGGGAUAUUGGCGGCAUGUCCCUCUGGACAUGCAGCCAUCCUGAUCUCAGGCAAUGCCAAAUUGAGGAGAGCUGUGGAGACCAUUCUACUCUGGGCUCAGAGCAUCCUCAAGGUAAGGGCCAACCGCAGAGCAGAUCCCAGGACACUUUGCUGA